CUCUCUCGCUCAUCCGCCCUAAUCUCCCCAUCUCUCUCUCUCUCUCUCUCUCUAUCUCGCCCCCUCUCUCUCUCUCUCCUCCCAUGGGGUUGUGCUUAUCGUCGCCCUCGGCGGCGGAGGGAGCUUCGCUCGGGGGCGCCGCCGCGGGGGGCGGCGGAGGAGUGUCCAGGAGAUGGUCUGAGAGGUGGAAGACGAAGGAGAAGACGGAGAGCGGGAGCGGCGGAGGCGGUGGCGGAGGGGCGUUGUUCGACCGGCGAGGGGCGGCGGCGGGAGGCAGCGGCGGAGGGGAGUUGGCGGAGGAGGAGCUCCGCCGCGUGCCGGGGCGGAUGUUCCUGAACGGGGCGAGCGAGGUCGCUUCCCUCUAUACGCAGCAGGGGAAGAAGGGGACGAAUCAGGACGCCAUGAUCGUGUGGGAGAAUUUCGUAUUAAGAAGUGACACCAUCUUCUGUGGAGUAUUUGACGGUCAUGGGCCAUUCGGCCAUAUGGUUGCCAGGAAAGUUAGAGAUUCUCUUCCUCUCAAGCUAUUCACUCUGUGGAGAGCUAGUAUUAACGGCAAUGAUAGCCCAUGCCAAAAUAAUAGCAUUUCUGGGGGCAUGAAUUUUGAAGAGACAGCAUCCGUUAGUGUUGAUGAGGAAUGGAGUGAAUCGUUAUGUUGUGAUGAGAACGAAAAGAUCCCCGAGAUGUAUUUGCCACUUAAACAGUCCUUUUUAAAAGCUUUCAAGUUAAUGGAUAAAGAGCUAAAGCUUCACCCAACAAUCGAUUGCUUCUGCAGUGGGACUACAGCUGUUACAGUGAUAAAGCAGGGACUAGAUCUUGUAAUUGGGAAUCUCGGAGACUCAAGAGCAAUACUGGCUACACGAGAUAACGAAAAGAAUUUAAUUGCUGUACAGCUGACUGUCGAUUUGAAGCCCAACCUUCCUAGUAUGUUCAUGUACUUUCGCUGUAGAACAAGUAGGAAGUUGAUGCAUAAUAGGCUUUUCCUUCAUGAUUUUCCAGGGAUAUAUAUAUAUAUAUAUAUAUAUAUAUAUAUAUAUAUAUAUAUAUAUAUAUGGUUGCCAAACAAUGACUCACCUGGGUUAGCAAUGGCCAGAGCUUUUGGGGACUUUUGCCUCAAGGACUAUGGCUUAAUAUCCGUUCCGGAUAUAUCCUAUCGGCGCCUUACCAAUAAAGAUGAGUUCAUCAUUCUUGCUACUGAUGGGGUUUGGGAUGUCCUCUCUAACAAGGAAGCUGUUGAUAUUGUGGCAUCGGCCCCAUCUCGUGCGACUGCAGCUAGGGCUCUUGUCGAUUGCGCUGUUCGAUCAUGGAGACUAAAAUUCCCAACAUCAAAGAGCGACGACUGUGCUGUUGUCUGCUUGUUCUUGGACACCAAAUCCUCAGCCAACCAAACUCUGCAAACUGAACCAAAGAAGACAUCUGUGGAAUCGGUGGAAAUAAUGAUCGCCGAUUCUUCUAAUAUAGUAGAUUUAAAUCAGGAAGAAACACCAGGGCCCAUUAGUAUCGAAGCACAUGUAAAAUCAUCCACGUUACAACAUUCGUACACUCUACAUGAUUAUGACGAGAUUGUACCGGUAAAUGAGGAAGGAACCAAGGUAGAGAAAAUGCCGGGGAGGAGUCAAUCUCCGAGGAGGCUCGCGGAUUGCAUAUCCACUGCAGAGGAAGAGGAAUGGUCUGCCCUAGAAGGUGUUACCAGGGUUAAUUCCCUUUUGAAUCUUCCCCGAUUCUUAUCUGGUGAUAAAAGGUCUACCAGCUGGAGGAAAUGGCUGUAGCAAGAAGCCAAGCUGCAGGCAUGGAGGGGCGAAAGUUGGAAACACGGUCAUUCUUUCUAUUUAAGUAAAUUAGAAGACCGGAUUUUAGGGGGAAAUCUUGUAAAAUUUUGAAUUAUGCUCGGAGGAAUUCAGAUUUGUCUCGGGCACUCUCCUGCUCUCAUUACUACCUAUGUGCUUUCAGUAGGUUGUAAUUUCACAGGCUUCUUUAGUCUGUAUAAAGUUUUUGUUCUGAAAGAAGCCUGUGAAUCAUCCCCCGUCUCCUGACUUUUAUGGAACCAUCUCCUGUACUUAAUCUAACAGAGAUUCUUACUGGUAUGUUAGAUUUUUCAUUCUCUUUCUUUUUUUUUCUUUUUUUCUUUUUUAAUAAUAUAUCUUCUGCAUGUUUUCACGA